AAGUUGAAUAAAUUGGAAUUAAAUAGAUAGAAAUUCGAGUUAUUAUGUAAAACAUUUCCAAUUUUCUACAUUAUCACAUAUUAAAUACCGUUUAAUCAGGUUUAAUGUACAAGUAUCUCAUUGUAUCUUAUCUUUUAAAAGAUGGUUACAACGUUCAGAUUUGUGCACUGAUCUGUCAAACUCAGUUUAUAUUGAAUAAUUUAAGAUUGAAGUUCAUUACUUCAAUAAGUUAUAAAAUGGCAUGGCACUGCUCUGGAAUAACAAAUGAAGAGAUGGUAUCAAAGCUGAAAGAUGCCAAUAUAAUUAAGAAUAAUAAAGUAGAAGCUGCUAUGUUAUCUGUAGAUAGAGCUAAAUAUUGUCAUGAUUUAAAUCCUUAUCAAGAUCGUCCUAGAGGAAUUGGUUUUAGCGUUACCAUUAGUGCUCCACAUAUGCAUGCGUAUGCAUUAACAUUUUUGUUAGAUCAACUUUUCGACGGUGCCAAAGCUUUAGAUAUUGGUUCGGGCUCUGGCUACUUGACUGCGUGUAUGGCCCAUAUGGUUGGAGUACACGGACUAGUUAUUGGUAUAGAUCAUAUUACGGAACUUGUUGAAAUGUCAAUUCAAAAUGUUGAAGAAGACCAUCCUGAAUUUUUGCAAGAUGGACGUAUAAAAUUUUUAGAAGGAGAUGGCAGAUUGGGAGCUCCAGCCUAUGGUCCUUAUAACGCUAUUCAUGUUGGUGCCGCUGCUGAUUCAGUGCCUUAUAAGCUGAUUGAUCAGUUAGUUCCUGGUGGAAGAUUGAUUUGUCCAGUACUUCUAAAAGAAGGAUCUCGGAAAUAUCAAAAUUUAUUACAAAUAGACAAAAAUUUAGAUGGCUCGUUAAAGAAAACAAAAUUAAUGGAUGUUACAUAUGUCCCUUUAACCGAUACAAAGACUCAAUUACAAAAUUCUUCAUAGAGUAAGAUAAAAAGUAUUAACAUCUAUAUCAC